AAAUCGUCUUGCAACCGGGCGCUCUGGGCUGCCUGAUUUCUUAUCGCGUCGCCGGCGCCUGUUUGGACGUUUUGUAUUACAGCCGACGUAAAAAAAGGAGCAUUCACACCGUUCCUGGCGAUCACGUCCGUAACGAGAAAGAAAGCGUACGAAAACGCGAAGUUUGAAAUUCGCUUGGCGCGAAAUGGGAGCUCGGAAUGACGGCCGCAAGUUCGACCCUGAUUUGUUCACCGGAGUGGAGGUCAAUCUACCGGCUGCAUUGCAACGGGCCUCGCUUCUCAGCACGCGACGAUGUGUUAAGAAGGAGUUUCAGGCAGGUUGGCUAUUGCGGGCGAUCACGUGCAUCGAUUUGACCACACUUUCAGGAGACGAUACCUACAGCAACGUGUACCGACUUUGCUCGAAGGCUGCUCACCCCCUGAGGGAAGACAUCCUAAAAGUUCUCGAUGUACCCAAGGAAGAUGUCACGACUGGAGCUGUCUGCGUCUACCCUGCAAGAGUAGCUGAUUGUGUGAAAGCUUUCGAGACCAUUCGACCACCCAAGAAGAUCCCAAUAGCUGCCGUGGCUACAGGGUUUCCCACUGGCCAGUAUGCCCUGCCAUCUAGAGUGCAGGAAAUAGAGUAUGCCGUCGAGUCUGGUGCCAGCGAAAUCGACAUUGUCAUCAACCGCACAGCAGCUUUGACAGGAGACUGGGAAACUGUUUACAACGAAGUCUGUGCCAUGAAGAAAGCAUGUGGUGAGGCCCACCUCAAAACAAUCCUUGCCACUGGUGAGCUGGGAUCGCUCCGAAAUGUGUACGCUGCCAGCAUGGUCUGCAUGAUGGCUGGAGCCGAUUUUAUAAAGACUUCAACGGGAAAAGAAGGAGUCAAUGCCAUUCUGCCUGUUGGAAUCACUAUGGCAAGAGCAAUAUGGGAUUACUACACCGACACCAAAAUCAAGGUUGGCUUUAAGCCGGCAGGUGGAAUCAGAACAGCAAAAGAUGCACUGCUAUGGCAAUUUCUUAUGAAGGAGGAGCUGGGAGACGACUGGCUCUUCCCAGACCUGUUCCGUAUCGGUGCAAGCGGACUGCUGGGUGACAUCGAGCGCCAGCUUAUUCCACUAUGCAACAAAGCGUUAUGCUUCACUCAGUGAAAUGCCUGCAUGUUAAAUUUUGCUUACGAGAUCCAUAUUGGCAGCGUUCAGUUUUAGCUUUUUGCUCACGCCUGUAGUAUGCAAAAACUUAAUGUGCCUUGUAAUUCCUACUUGUUCAUAGAAUAUGGGGCAAUGUUCCUGUAGUGGAAAGGUUAUCUAGUGCAGCUUUCUAUGCAGCAUUGAUGUCAAAAGACUGUGGGACAUGCGUUCCCAUGAAAAAGCUGAAUUACAGUUAAAUAUUUGCUUGCAGCCAGAAAAUCAGUGGGAAUGGGAAUUCCAGGCUUGGGAUACAGUACUUUUUUUUUUUAGAUACCUCAUCCCAUAAGCGUUUGACAACUGUAUAGAAUGUCGAGCAUUAUCAGUAUUGCAUUCAUACUGUUUUCUACCUGCAGUUGUGCUGCAUAAAUGUGCGUUAUUUCUUUUAGGUUUCAUUUCAUAGUGAAUUCCCAAAAACUGCCAACUCAAAUUGAGCAUGGUCUACCUUGACCUUGCUCUGUCUACGUGAACAUCGGUGCUACUAAUAUAUUUAGCAAAAGACCCUGCACUUGUUCAAGUACCUGAAAUGUCAAUAAAAUAUGUU